AUGUCAGCAGAUGCUCACUGGUGGACCGCAGAGGAGAGGAACCGAGUUAUGCUUGACCUGAAAGCAGCGGGAUGGUUGGAAUUAAGUGAGAGAGAUGCCAUCUACAAAGAGUUCUCUUUCAAAAAUUUUAAUCAGGCAUUUGGCUUUAUGUCCCGAGUUGCCCUGCAAGCAGAGAAGAUGAAUCAACACCUGGAGUGGUUCAAUGGGUACAGCAAGGUCCAGAUGACUCUAACAUCGCAUGACUGUGGAGUGCUGACCAAAAGAAUGUGAAACUGCCCAAGUGUAUUGAAAAAGCAGCAGCUUCUGUGUGAUUUCUUCCAAAACGCAAGUAAAAUCUUAUAUGCACAUCUAGCUCCAAUGUAUUUUGAA